ACAAACAUUCAGACAUAUUUGGAAGUUGUUUGUUUUGCCUUUUUCUAUUUUUUUUUUUAUAAGCGUUUGAUUAGAGAAGUGUUUGAUCGCAGAAAAGCUUUGUCAACAACAGGGCGUGGAAGUAAUGGCAAAAAGCACGUUCAAGGAAGAGCAUGACCUAGAGAAGAGAAGUGCAGAGGCUGCUCGGAUUAGAGAGAAAUAUUCAGAUAGGAUUCCGGUGAUUGUUGAGAAGGCUGAGAAGAGUGAUAUACCAACCAUCGACAAGAAAAAAUACCUAGUCCCGGCUGAUUUGACAGUGGGACAAUUCGUGUAUGUCAUUCGCAAAAGAAUCAAACUCAGUUCAGAGAAGGCUAUCUUUAUAUUUGUCGAUAAUGUCCUUCCUCCAACUGGUGCUCUUAUGUCUGCUGUGUAUGAAGAGAAAAAGGAUGAUGAUGGCUUCCUCUAUGUCACUUACAGCGGAGAAAACACAUUUGGAUUUGCAUCGUCAUAGAUCUCUUGCUCGAUAUUUCAUCUCCUUAUUUGAUUAUCUAAGCAAACAGCCUAUGUACUUCUCUAAGAACUGUCGGUUGGGAGUUAAUGUGUACAGAAAACAUAAAAUAAUGUAUAUAAUAUGCUCUCUCGUAUUCCCUUUUU